GUUUUCACAAUAUGGCGGUAACACGUCGUGGAUAUAUAUUUUGUGCGUUUAUUUCUAGUGUUGUGUGCGUUUUAUUAGUGGUUGUUGCGAUCUCCAGUGAUAGUUGGAUAGUAUCGAGCGCGUAUCUUGAGGGCCAGGUGGACUACAGUAACAUCCGCUAUGGCCUGUUCCGCGGUGAGCUGGCGCUGCGACAUCUUGGCACACCUUCCUACAACACCCUGUAUAUGACCUGCCUUUCUGAUGUAAGCGCGUGUGCUGUAAGUUGUAAAACCGAACCACAGGCAAGACAAGAUGAGGUUCGUGCUCUAGCGGAGGGUCUACGGCCGAAUCAAGCCUGCGUUUCCGUUACUACUAUAGACAUGAAUAAUCCUUUGUCAGGUCCGGCUGUGAUAUCAUUCGGUAUGUAUGCAGCGGUCACUGCAGUCCUGUUUCUGCAACUCGCCCUCGCAACAGUGGCGGCCGCAUUGGCGAUACUCAACGCAACUAAAAAUCCCACCGAACCAAUCUUCGGAUUACCUGGUUGUCUCUGGACGAAUGUAGUGACAGCAAUCUUGGGGCUAACAGUUCUGAUGAUGUUCGGCAUCUACUGGGCGACAUCUGGACUGAACCAGCACUUGGCUCUCUCCUACAUUGCCGCUGAAGUAUUCGCUCCUGAUCCAAGUCUUGGUUAUUCUUAUUGGUUAUUAUUGCCAGCUGUUUUCUGUUCGCUUACUAAUGUGGGUCUGAUUGAGCUUAGAAGAUAUUUAUUAGAAAAAGACCCCCCACCCCCCACUAUUAAAGUUGAGAAUCAUUCUGACGGCACAAUAUUCUUAUAUUAGUUUUAAUUAUGAGUAUUAUAAUAAACAUUUAUUUAUU